UAUGUCGCGCUCAGUUACGUCUGGGGAGACUCGGAGCAGACCCACCAGAUGACGAUAUCCAAUGAAGCCACAUAUCAAGACAAGAUUGACCUGGGCACUCUCCCCGCUACCAUCCGCGACGCGAUCAAAUUGACACACAUGCUAGGCUUUCGAUGGCUCUGGGUCGAUAGUCUAUGCAUUCUCCAAGACUCCGAUGAGGACAAAGCGCACGAAAUUGGUCGCAUGCACAGCAUCUACCGCUAUGCGCAUCUGACAAUCAUCGCCGCCUCCGCGGAGAGUGUCACUCAGGGCUUUCUCCACAAGCGACCUCCUCCGGACAAUGACGUAGCCCUCCCCUUCAUCUGCCCUCCACCUCCUUUGUCUUCUCAGGCGGCGGGAAACCCGGAGGACCUCUCUGUGCCACAGCCGCGGGUCGGAGAAGUAUCGCACGGUGACGACCUCGGGCGCAUGUCCACGCGCGCGUGGUGCAUGCAAGAGUUUCUCAUGUCCCCUCGCGCCCUCAUAUUCACCCCAAUCACGCUCCAGUUCAAGUGCCUCACAGGUCUCGUGGGAGUCGGCCACUCCUUCUGCGCCACGUUCGAGCGCGGGGUACCCCAGCUCCCUAUGACGCUCUUCCUCGCAAACCCGCCCGACCUGGAACAUGGCUCCGAGGAGUGGAACAACUUGCGAAGAGCCUGGAUGCAAGUCGUACUGGACUACACUCGCCGCACGGCUACGGAGGAGUCGGACAAGCUCGUCGCGUGCGCCGCCGUAGCGGAGCAGUUCCACCGCGUCCUGGGCACCGAAUACCUCGCGGGUCUGUGGCGCUCAGACGCGCUCCUCACCGACCUCCUAUGGGCGUCUGCCCGUCUUCCUGGAGGGCGCUAUACUCGCCCGACCACGUACCGCGCGCCGUCAUGGUCGUGGGUAGCGGUAGAAGGGAUCGUCAACCAUCGGUCCACGUGGAACCCGGCUUUCGAGGACCCGCAAAGCGUCGCGCUCGCGAAGGUCGUUGAGUGCCGGGUCACUCUCGAAAAUCUUGCGCUUCCCUUCGGUAAAGUGACGGAUGGGACCCUCGUCUUAAGCGCGACGCUGAUACCCUGCCGUGGGGGAUCCGCUGCAAGAUCAUCCGGUGGCUGGCGGUACGUGCGCCUACCGUCUUUCGACUGCGUGCGGCGUCGGCGGCGGGAAGUCUCGCAUGGCGGCUUGGAUUCGCCCGAUGGAGAAGACGAUGCCGACUCGCCUCAAGUAGGGGACGGUGCAACGUUCAUCAUGGACUGCGACGCCGACGAGCUUCCCGCGAGGAUGUGGGCCGUCCCGAUUGUGCGGAUCAAAGGGAAUAGUUACGAAGACAAGUUGGAUGGGAUCGUGCUUGAGCUGGCUCCUCCAUCCGACCGCCCAGGGCCUGAGCGCACUCGCUUUCGGAGGAUUGGACAGUUCUGGGAGAUCAUCCAACUGGCGGGCAAUACGGACUUCAAGGAGCACCCGCUGUGGGGUCCGUUAAUUCGGGCUGUACAGGACGGAAGCUGGCCGUUGGUGGACAUCGAGAUCAUAUGAAUGAUUGGUAGUAUUCUAGGCUAUGCUGUGACCGACUUCGGCGCAGGAUCAGGCGAACCAGCACGCUGGUACAUAUACUAUAUAAACUUCUGCAAUGCC